AUGGACAUGGCUUCCAAAUCAUCAAACGUUCUCGGCAACAGUUUAGAGAAAAAUGGAAUACCGAUCAGUGUUAUUUCAUCAACGUCCUCAAAUAUAGAAUCGUCACUUAUAAAUAACGGUCAAUUUGAUGAUCCUAAAGUUCACACGAAUGUUAUUCAAAAAAUAUUCAGCAAGAUUUUACCAAAAAGGUUCACAAAUGGAACAUCAAGUAACUCUUAUGGAAAUAGCUUUAAUGAUAGUGAAAUCUUGAUAGCACCAAGCAAAGACGGUCUUCAUAAAAAUUUGAAGGAACGACAUAUGAUUAUGAUUGCAUUAGGUGGAACUAUUGGAACUGGUUUAUUUUUAGCUUCCGGUCAAGCUUUAGCAUCAGCAGGUCCUGGUGGCUCUCUUGUUUCUUAUCUAAUUAUUUCGGUUAUGGUUUAUUUUGUCAUGACAAGUUUAGAUCAUAGUUGA